AUGGAAGAAGUUAGGGUUGUGCCUGCCUAUUCUGAUCAAUUAAAUCCUGUUGUUGGUCAGAGGUUCCAAUCAUUAGAGUUUGCACUUGCGUUUUAUGAUGUGUAUGCUAGGGUCGUUGGGUUUGACACGCGCAAACAAGGUGUGAGGAAGGUGGACGAUGUUACAACGUGGUAUUAUGUAGCAUGCAAUAGGGAGGGCCAUAAGAAGUCCAUCGAGGAUGACCAGUUGAAUGCACGUUUCGGUUUCUCAAUGAAGCGCCGACGCUUAUCCAAGAGAUGUGGUUGUAAAUCUAGUAUCUCAUUCAAGUAUUUCUCUGAUAAUGGACAUCCAGGUUAUAUGGUACAGGAUUUCAACGAGGUUCAUAACCAUGAUAUGGUUGAGUCAGAGCAUCAGCAGUUUAUGUCUGUGAACCGUCAUUUGGAUGACGUUCAUCAGAAAUUCAUACUUGAUUGUUCAAAAGCGAAUAUUGGACCCACAUUGACAUUUAAGGUUUUGAAAGAAACUCUCGGUGGGUUUGACCUCGUCGGUUGUACGGUCGGUGACAUCAGGAAUGCUUCACGCGACAUUAAAGCCUAUGCGCAUGGAUUCGAUGUGCAAAUGGUAUUGGACGACAUGGCUAAAAAGAAGGAGAUGUCUGAGUCGUACACAUAUCAUUAUGAGGUUAACGAAAACAACCAGUUGGUUGCGUUGUUUUGGUGUGACGGCUUAAUGAAAAGGAAUUACCAUAUGUUUGGUGACAUUGUAGCCUUUGACACCACCUAUAACACAAACAAGUCUAUAUGUUUCUGCACAAAUUAG